CCAAUAGAAAAGAAAACUCUCUCUCUCUCUCUCUCUGAUGGCAUCCAAGGCACUCUCUUCUUUCACGGCUAAGCCCGCUGUGUCACUGCUCCCCCAUGGCGUCUCCUCCUCUGCCUCUCCGUCUGUUAUGUCUCUGAGCUUCUCAAGGCACACUGGCGGCAGAGGAGUGGUGGCUGCGUCCUCAACGGUAGACACAAACAAUAUGCCGAUGACAGGAGUGGUGUUCCAGCCGUUCGAGGAGGUGAAGAAAGCCGAUCUGGCCAUUCCAAUCACAUCUAAUGCCUCCCUCGCUCGCCAGAGGUAUGCCGACUCUAGCGAGGCUGCCAUUAACGAGCAAAUCAAUGUGGAAUACAACGUGUCGUAUGUGUACCAUUCAAUGUACGCCUACUUCGACAGAGACAACGUUGCUCUCAAGGGUCUUGCCAAAUUUUUCAAGGAAUCAAGUGAUGAAGAAAGAGAGCACGCUGAGAAGUUUAUGGAGUACCAGAACAAAAGAGGAGGAAGAGUGACACUCCACCCUAUCGUCUCCCCUAUCUCUGAUUUUGAACAUGCUGAAAAAGGAGAUGCCUUAUAUGCAAUGGAGUUGGCCCUGUCUCUGGAGAAACUUACCAACGAGAAGCUUCUAAACCUUCACAGAGUGGCAUCAGAGAACAAUGACCCACAGUUAGCUGAUUUUGUUGAGAGUGAGUUUCUUGGAGAGCAGAUUGAAGCAAUCAAGAAGAUCUCAGACUUCAUCACCCAGCUAAGGAUGGUUGGCAAAGGACACGGAGUUUGGCAUUUCGACCAGAUGCUUUUGAACUAGACUGGAAGUUCACUUUAUGCUCUGCGGAGAUUAAAAGAGAAGAAACAGAAGAAGAUUCUGUAAAAGUUGCUAGAGUGAAAGUUAUUAUUGGAGCAAAAAUAAGAUUGUAGUAGUAAUAGUAGUAAGCUUUUGUGUGUUAAGAUGAUGGGUUUUUUUUUUUGUAAUAAUUUCCUAAGUUUAAUC